CGGUAGCACAGCGGUGUUAAGCAGUCGCUGUGAGCGGGGUGUUUAUAGUCAGUGGUGGCCAGGGAGGAGAGGACUUCAGCCUUGGUUCAGGCGAUCGGCAGCCAGUUCAAAACGGUGCAAAAAUGGCUGAUCAACUAACAGAAGAGCAAAUUGCUGAGUUCAAAGAGGCCUUUUCACUCUUCGACAAAGAUGGGGAUGGCACCAUAACAACAAAGGAGCUUGGAACAGUGAUGAGAUCUCUAGGCCAGAAUCCAACUGAGGCAGAACUACAGGAUAUGAUUAAUGAGGUUGAUGCUGAUGGAAAUGGAACAAUUGACUUUCCAGAAUUUCUGACAAUGAUGGCAAGAAAAAUGAAAGAUACAGAUAGUGAGGAAGAAAUCAGAGAAGCAUUCAGAGUGUUUGAUAAGGAUGGUAAUGGUUACAUCAGUGCUGCAGAACUUCGUCAUGUAAUGACAAACCUUGGAGAAAAAUUGACAGAUGAAGAAGUUGAUGAAAUGAUCAGAGAAGCAGAUAUUGAUGGUGAUGGUCAAGUGAACUAUGAAGAGUUCGUACAAAUGAUGACUGCAAAGUGAAGAUCUUGUACAGAAAACCUUUUAAUUUUCUUGUAAAAAAACAUUGUUUAUUUGCCUUUCCUUUGUUUGUAAUUUCUGUAAUGUUUCUCUCCUGCCCCAACUGUCUAAAACAUAUGCAUGUAUAGUGGGUAGAGUUACAGUCCAUGUUUUCCUUCAAUAUCUUGUCAUUGUUUCUUUUUGCAUUUGAGACAAGACUUUGGUGUAACAAAAGUUGCAUGUGGCUUUAUCUUGAAGUGCAUCCAAGCUCUUCUACACAUUCAAAGCUACAUAAGGACUUGUGGUUUAACGAGGGAUCAUCUGGGUAUGCUGCUGUGAGGACAUGGCUGACUAUCAGCAUGUGUUGCAUUGCUGUUUAAAUGCAGAGUUUUCACUCUGCCUGGAGUAAGGACAGAGCCUAAAAUUUCUCAGCAUUGCACUAUAGCAAAACGGGUGUAUCAUCCAGGUACUCGUACACUAAAACUUUUUUUGUAUUUGCUGUUCCAUUUCAAGGAAGCAUUCUUGUUUUCUUACUGUGCUCUUUCAAAAUUUUGUUUAGCCACUUAGUUCUUUCUGAAAUCUGCUUUGGCACUGACAUGCCUGAAAUCCAUUCCAAGUUGUAUAUUUUUUUCCAAUAAAACAAUUUACCCAAAAUA